CCCUCCGACCCAAAAAAAAAACCCCCACCGGCCCCCUCCCCUUCUCCCGCGCCGCAAUCAUCAUGGCGGCUCCGCCGCCGACUUCCACACCGCCGCCGGCAGCCGCAAAGCCCAACCCUAACCGUAACCCGAAGCGGAAGCCAAAACCGAAAGCAGCCGGCCCCUCGGUCCUGAACCCUAACUGGGCGCAGCUCCAGGCCAAGCUCCCCCAUCGCCCCGCCGCCACCCUCCUCGGCAAGCGCAAGGACCGGACCGGCCCUCCUCCGCCGCCAGAGCCUGUGGAGCCGUAUACUCCCACGGAGGCGGCUGCGGGCGAGCAGCCGGAGGUCAAGCUCGAGCCAACCUCCGAUGACACCAGCUUGACGAAGGCGGUGGCGGUGGACUGCGAGAUGGUCGGGGUAGGCGCCGGCGGCGGCAAGAGCGCCCUCGGCAGGGUCACCUUGGUUAAUUCCUUUGGCAAUGUUGUAUAUGAUGAAUAUGUCCGGACAGUGGAGCGAAUAGUGGAUUACCGUACCCGUAUUAGUGGGAUUAGACCCAAGCACAUGAAUAAAGCCAAAGAAUUCUGGAUUGUGCAGAGGGAAGUAGCUGAGCUGAUUAAAGGCAGAAUUCUUGCUGGGCAUGCACUGCACAAUGAUCUUAAGGUCUUGCUACUAAGUCACCCAAAGAAGGACAUCAGGGAUACCUCAGAAUAUGAGAUUUUCCGAAGGGAGGGAAAGAGGCGAUCGUUGAAGGAUCUUGCUGCUCAAGUACUUGGUGCUAAAAUACAACAGAAUGAGCACUGCCCUAUCGAGGAUGCCAGAGCUGCGAUGUUCAUUUACAAGAAGCACAAGAAGGCAUGGGAGAAGAACAUGAAAGAACAAUUUAGGUUCAAAAAGAAGCUCAAGAAGCGAGGCAAGAAGAGACCUGCUGAGCCGAAAGGGAAUGACCCCAAUGUGCCCACUGUUCUUCUAUAGAGAUGAAAAGGAAACCUGGGAGCCUGUGCAAACCAUUUCCCUAUUCAACAUGGAUUUGACUAUGACAAGGGGUUAGGAUAUGAUAAAUCCUAACGGAAUUUUGUCUCAAGUCAGUAUGCUAAAGCCCAAAUAACAGCUGAACCAUGAACUUCCAGAUAAAAACUUGAUGACGAUGCCGUGAUUCCAUAUAGUUGAUUCAUAAUUAUGUGUAGCAUUUGUCCUAGGGAAACAAUAUUUGUAAUGAAAAUUUUGUACUUCAACAUUCAUGUAAUGUAGUGUAAAUUCACACUACAUUCAGAUUUUGUAACAAAUAUGUUCACCAUCAAUUGAAAACUGUAACAGGUGACAAGAUUGGGUUGCUGAGAA